AUGGAUCAUGAGGUCAACCCUUUUCAGGAUUGGGCAUCUGUUGUGGAUCGCGGCGAUAUCUCCAACACUCCUUUUGAUAAACUCCAGGCUAUCCAUGAGCUGGAGGCGGGCUGGGCUAAGAUAGGCUCCAGAGAGCCACGGAAUACCGAGAAGGGGGAUCAUGUUCGACUACUCUCACUUGGUGGCGACCAUACAAUCACACUUCCAGCACUACGAGCCUUACACGAUACCUGGGGCAGGGUAGCAGUCCUACACUUCGAUUCGCACCUCGACACAUGGGACCCCAAGCAACUCGGGGGUGGCUACACUAAGUACUCCGAGGUGACGCAUGGAAGCAUGCUACAUCUAGCACAUGAAGAAGGGCUCCUCGCAGACCACGGCAAUAUGCACUUGGGCUCGCGCUCCAUGCUGUUCGACAAGCAUUAUGAUAUAGACAACGACGCCCGCUGUGGCUUCACGGCGAUUCGCGCUCGGCAAAUUGAUGAAAUUGGCAUUGAGUCCAUCAUUCAAAGGGUGGUGGACACUGUGCAGGACCACCUCGUUUAUGUAAGCAUCGAUAUAGAUGUCUUGGAUCCAGCCUUUGCGCCCGCGACAGGAACCACUGAGCCCGGAGGCUGGACAACUCGCGAGCUUUUGCAGAUACUAAAUGGGCUUUCACAUGCUGAUAUUAAGAUUAUCGGAGCCGACAUUGUCGAGUUUGCCCCUGCUUAUGACAACCGAGCCGAGACUACCGGUUUGGCUGUCGUGCAGAUUGCGUACGAGCUUUUGCAAUGGAUGAUCCGUGUACCAGUCAAACAGCAGGACCUCUAA